AUGAAGGUUCUCACCAAGGAACAAGAACGUGAACACUACAAUGCCACUCUCAAGGGUGGCGUUAUUGGUACAAUCGGCGGUCUUGCAGUUGGCACAUUGGGCGUCGUUGCCGCUCAUCGUCGAUAUCAGUUCUUCAGAAACCUCACUCUCCCACUGAAAGCCUUCCUCGUGACCAGCUCCGGUACCUUCUUUGGCAUUGUCAACGCGGACCACUACUCCCGCAAAUAUGAAGCCGAGUCAAACCCACUAGAAAUGCAAUACCGCCAACGAGAGGCAGAGAAACUUGAGGCAGAAAAAGCUGGCAAGACAUGGACAGAACGUGCGAUGGAUUUUGGCCGCAAAGAACGAUAUAAGAUUGUCGCAGGAAGUUGGGUCGCGAGUAUGGCCGCCGCUUUCGCAAUGGUCAACCGGAACAAAUAUCUGACCGGACCUCAAAAAAUCGUUCAGGCCAGAGUGUACGCUCAAUUCCUGACCGUUGGUGUGCUGGUUGCGACAGCUGCAUUUGAAAUCGCCGACUCACGGAACCAAACGGGCCGCUGGGAGAAGGUCCGAUACAUCGAUCCCACGGACCCAGAACAUAAACGUAUGCUCGAGAAGUCAGUUGAGAAGGUUGUCGCUAGUCAGGGAACCGGCGGUGGUGGCGAUGAUUUGUGGAAGGAAAUGGUCGCGGCGGAGGAACAGCGUAUCAAGGAGCGCGAGGCCAGACAUAAGAAGCAUAACGGGAAUGGCAAGAAGAAAGCGGAGAAGAAGGAAGAGGAAGAAUAG